UAUACUCUCCUGAUAAAUUGCGAAUGAUAUUUUAUGGUACCUGGAUUGGAGCUGCAUAAGUAGUUCAACCCUCCAUGAGGUGGCACAGACAUUGUUGUUAAAAGUGGAUUUUUCGUAAUUCGAUCGAAAGUGCUAGUGAAAGAUUGUUUUUGAGAGAUAUUUGCCUAUUAAAGUAGUAGAAAAUGACUGUUGAACACAAGAGUGGACGUUUCGGAUCAUCGCUUUUAACUGUUGCACUGCUCACGACAAUCGGUGCUGCUAUUCCUGUAGGUUACAAUAUCGGAGUCAUUAAUAGUCCUGCGAAUUUCAUACAAGACUGGUGCAAUGAAACUAUCUACAGCACGUACGGCACGCGCUUGACGAGCAGUGGUAUGAACAUACUUUGGUCAGCAAUAGUUUCGAUUUUUGUCAUCGGUGGUGCAAUAGGAUCUCUAGGCGGGUCAUGGCUGUCGGAUAUCUUGGGAAGGAAAGGAUGUUUCCUCUUAAGCGGAGCUUUGCUGGUAAUUGGAGCAGUGUUGUUCCAAUUUUGCCGGCUCGCAGAAUCUGUAGAAAUGUUGAUGAUCGGACGGAUAAUUGUUGGACUGGGAUCUGGUUUGGUUACAGCAUCUCUCCCAAUAUAUCACACUGAGCUUGCUCCACUGGCUUUACGUGGUACCGUGGGGGUGUUUUGCAGUAUAGGAGUAACAGCUGGUGUUGUCGUUGGACAAAUUUUGAGUCUUAAAUAUACAUUUGGAACCGAAGAUUCCUGGCAUCACGCUUUAAGUGCCUACGCUAUUUUAAUUGUUAUUUGUUACUUGCCAUGUAAAUGGUUUCCCGAAAGUCCAAAGUAUUUAUACUUAAUAAAGGGGAACCAUAGUCUGGCGGAGAGUGUACUUAUGAAGCUGAGAGGUACCGAUCCAGAAACAGUAGAGCUAGAGUUGAAGGAGAUGGAGAACGACCGAAAGGAGAAAAGCAUGUCAAGAAGCUUACGGUCGGUACUAACUGAUUACUCAUUGUUAUUGCCAAUAGUAAUUGUUUGUACCUUCCAAGGAGGACAACAACUGUCAGGAAUUAACGCGGUCUUCUACUAUUCAGUUACAAUCUUCCAAGAAGCUGGGCUACAAAAAGACGAUGCCGAAUGGGCUAAUCUAGGAGCAGGUUCUCUGAAUUUAUUGACGGCUUUCUUCACUCCCUUAAUUAUGGCGAAAAUUAACCGAAGACCAGUGAUGUUGACCUCAACCUUCGCAAGUGCAAUCGCCUUAUUCGCGCUGACAUUCAUAAUUCAUUAUAUUAAUGCAGCUUCCUGGUUGCCUAUGGCCUGUAUAGUAUGUGUAUUACUGUAUAUUCUGUUCUAUCAAAUUGGAAUUGGACCUAUUCCAUACUUCAUUGGUUCAGAAAUAGUAAAUACUGAAUCUCGACCAGCCGUAAUGGCAUUGGGUAGUCUUGCGUCCUGGAGCUGCAAUUUUGCGGUUGCAAUGUUGUUUCCGACUUUACAAGCGGCCUGGGGAGCAUUCGUAUUUCUGCCGUUUUUCAUUGAUUGUGUAGUGCUAUUCCUAAUUACCAAAUUUUACCUGCCGGAGACUCGUGGACGUGAUUCUUCUGAAAUAGCACCUCUGAUAUCGAAAGGUUUUCAUUCAAAACCGACAAGCUAAGAUCCAGUUAGCCUAGCAUUAUUUAUAUUUGUAUUUUUUUCAAGGUUGUUAUAUAGUUAUUAAGUCAAAAACUCUUCGUUGGUUAUCGUUAUUAUAUUUUUUCAUAAAAACUGCUUAAAUUUUUAUUCUUUUGAUUAUGAUUAUGAUUUCGAAAUAAGGAUAGCAACGAACGAUAUCGAUUUUAAGCGUGACUGUGUUGAUUUAUGAUUUUUUUCUGAAUUGGUUUGCAAUGGUGUAUAAUAUAAGACUUUUGGACAUAAAUUGA